AUGUAUAAGACAAAUCAGAACAAGUACAAGACAAGUCAGAACAUGUACAAGACAAGUCAGAACAAGUACAAGACGAGACAGAACAAGUACAAGACAAGAAAGAACAAGUACAAGACAAGAACAAGUGUACAAGACAAGCCAGACAAGUACAGCAAGCCAGACCAAGUACAAGACAAGACAGCCAGACCAAGUACAAGCCAAGCCAGCAAGACAGAGACCAAGCAAGCCAAGAAGAACACAGACAAGCCAGACCAAGUACAAGUACAAGACAAGACAAGCCAGACCAAGUACAAGACAAGCCAGACCAAGUCCAAGACAAGCCAGAGGAGCAUCGGGCAGCAGAAGACGCCCCAUCCACGAGCACCAAAAUUAAUAAAGCUCUGGAACUACUAUCGAAGGCAGAAAAUCGAAGUUUCUGAUUGUGCUGGGGAUUAUAUCAGAUGA